AUGGAAAGUCCUGCUUUUGCUCAUCUACCACCGUGGGUCAAGGCGAAGCUCUCACCUUUGGCCAUUGAGAAAAUUAAUGCAGUGUACGAUUGGGUCGAAACUGAGUGCAUUCCAAGAGAGCAGGUCUUCAAAGCCCAGCUCGAGGCCCGUCGCUGGACGACCCCGCCAUUGAUCCACGAACUACGCAAAAAGGCCAAAGAACGCUGUCUCUUCAACCUUUUCCUACCAAAUCACUUCAAGGAGAGUCCCGGUCUUACAAACUUGGAAUAUUCCUGCUGUGCCGAGAUCAUGGGUCGAUGUUACUGGGCAGCUCAGACAAUGAACUGCCACGCUCCGGAGACGGGAAACAUCGAGCUUUUGGCCAAGUACUGCAACGAAUCACAGAAGAAGAAAUGGCUCCAGCCACUUCUUGAUGGCAAUGCAUCCUCCGCCUACUCCAUGACCGAACCGGAUGUGGCGAGUUCAGAUGCCACACAGAUCGGAAUCAGCAUCAAGCGUGAGGGCGAGUUCUACGUCAUCAACGGAAGGAAGCUUUACGGAAAUUGCCUCUGGAACAAGGACUUGUCGUUCUACAUCCUCAUGGGCUGCACAAACCCAGACAACCCGAAGUGGUCUCGUCAUUCUAUGAUCAUCGUCCCUUGCAACACGCCAGGAAUCACCCAAGUUCGCAAUCUGACAAUCAUGGGCUACGACCAUGCACCAGAGGGGCACGGAGAAUACCUAUAUGAGAACGUUCGUGUUCCGGCUGAAAAUAUCAUUCUCGGAGAAGGGCGCGCUUUCGAGAUCGCCCAAGGUCGCCUGGGUCCCGGCCGGAUCCACCACUGCAUGCGCUUGAUCGGACAAUGCGAGAGAGCCUACGAGCUAGCUCUGAUACGCUGCAACGACGCUCGCAAAAAGCCCCGAGGGAAGCUCAUCGGCGAAUUCGAUUCCAACAUAGAACGCGUUGCCCAGAUGCGUCUCGAGCUGGAUGCCGCCCGCUUGGUCGUCCUGAACGCUGCGGAUACCAUGGAUCUGUUGGGGAACAAAGCUGGGAAGAGAGCAAUUGCCCAGAGCAAGAUCUUGGUGCCCAUGAUGGCUACGAAGAUCAUUGAUGAGUGUAUGCAGAUGCAUGGAGGUCAGGGGCUGACACAACAUACGCCGCUCCCUGAGAUGUGGACGUAUGCGCGCUUUGUGAGGAUUGCGGACGGGCCUGAUGCGGCGCAUCGGCACCAGGUGGGGAGAGAGGAAAUGAAGAUUGCGGACGAGGUUAUCAAGAAACAUCAGGUGUACCAGGAGCGCUGUAAGAUGUUUGCAGACCACUACGGGGAGCGGUUCAUAUCCUUCGACUAG